CUGACCUUACAACAAAGCUGCACACUGCACAGAGGAGAGCGGAGUGAAGGGAGAGGAGAAGAGACAGCUCUUAGUCAGUUAGUGGUGGGUGACUAACUCUCUUGGAAAAAGUCUGUGUGGCAAGAGCAGUGGGAGAGAUAGGGACAAGACAUUAACUACAGCAGAAAGAGGAAAAACUGCUUCAGGAGUCAAGACAUUGGAGAAUUGCUGCCGACACACAAGAGAUGUGCAUUUGACACCGAGGGACGCAACAGCGAUUGAAGAAUGAACACUACCAGGGCUGAACCAUAACGACAAGAAGCAGAGGACUACGCUAGUUUUAACCCUACUCCUGAAUACCUCACAGAGCCGGUGGAGCCAUUUUCAGCUUUUUCUGGACGUUCUGCUAAGUGCCAUGCCCCUGUUCAGCUGGAUGAAGUGGUCUCAUGUGAGAAAAGUGCAGACUCAGAAUGAAGCGCCACCUCUUAAGAGCUCAGAGGUUGUGCCCAGCCGCAGGUUGAUCAGAGAGCUCCUGUGGCAUGUAGAAGAACGUGAACAACUGGCACGGGAAUUGGAGCGAGAGCACAGGUUGGCCCACAGCUCUCCGGGGCUCCAAUGGUUCCAGAAGUACCAUCGGUUACGGACUCUCAUCCCCACAUCAGAGCUUUACCAGCUAGAGUUCCUGUGUGCCCAGAUACCACCGAUCCAUGCAGCUGCAGUCCUUUCCAGGUUUCGUGAGGUACUGGCCACUAACAACAUAAGACCCUGGGAGCUGGUGUCGGUCUUCAAGCAGGUGCUGAGAGACUUUGUGAACCAUAAGCAAUAUGAUGAAGAGUACGACUUCUCAGGUCAGUCAGCACAGCACAGACCAAUGGAGGCUUGGACCAGCCGCUAUAAAAUGAGGCAGGGCUUUGUCACGACCACCAUCCCCAACUGUGGAGACUGCCCAAGGGAGGAGAUCCCAACAAUCUCUGGAUAUGUGGACUGGGCCAUGCGGCACUCCAGUUCAUUCUCAGGUUUCAGCGACUGGGAACAUCCAUAUAACUAUCCAGCAUCUCUCAGGCCCAAUGGGACAUACAGUACUACACUUUGAAAAGACACACCAAACAUGAAACCACAUGAAAACAACAAACACAUUACAAAUGUUAGUAGUUUUAGGUUUUUCAAGGUUUGAGACAAAAAUACAAAAAAUACAAUUUAUUACAAGGACUAGUUUGUCUUGCCUGCCUGCUCUGUAUAAUCCCGUUUUCCUGAGGGUUUCAUGAUGUCUUGAAAACAACCCUAGGUAAGUCUUUGUAGAGGUUAGGCCGUGUUUCAAAAGGUAAAUUGUCAGAGAUAAUGUGUGAGCACAGUAUGUGAGAACGUGCACAGCCUGGACCCAUUUGUGAGGUUUUAGGUGAAGCAGUGUGUCCCUGCAGUCGCUCAUCACACGCUCAACAUGUUUUUGAGAAGUUAGAGCACAGGUCGAUAUUCUCCCGUUUCAUCUGAACUGUUUUUAGAGACCUAUGGAUGCAAAACUGUCAAAAUGCUGUAAAUAGAUACAUUUUUAAAUUCUAGAGUUUUUUUUAUUGUCUAAUAGCACUGUUUUUAAUUUAGUGUACUAUAUUUGGAAGUUUAUCUUUCCUGGCAGGGUAGCAGAGGCUUAAGAAAACAUUUAGAGAAAAACAGACAAAAUAAUCGAAACAAUUAGAUGUUUCUUCUCUGGUCAGAGUUGUGUGAGGGUAAGGAUGUAAAAAUGUAAACCUGAUGGGUGUUUUUUUUUAAACACGUCCUAGGCAGUAAAUGAAAAAACGUAACUUAACUCGUCAAAUCUAAUUUCAACAAACACUGGCAAGAAAUCAAGUGUCCCUUUUCCACUGCAGAGCUCGUAGCCGCCAAAACCAUCAUGGACGGGCGCUUAGCACCUCGGGUAGUUUUCACAGCAAUUAUCACAUAAAACUCUGAAUUCGCAGAGGCCGACAUCCUUCAACGUGUCAUAUUUGAUUUAGCAUGAUUGUGGAUGAGAGAGAAGGGAAGUGACACGUGAGGCCCAUGUACCAGGGCCAAACGUGUCCGAGGUUAGCUAACAUGAAGCUAACAUGAAGCUCACCUGGUCCCCUCGGCCGCUGGUUCUUCGAGCUUCUUCACAGCCGCUUCGUCUGUGAGGUUAAUUUUGGCAAACGUGGCUCCCGAGGUGAACCAGGCGGAAAUCUGCUCGGCGGUGAAAACUUUCUUCAUCUUGUCGUCGCUGUCUAAAAUAAAACCAUCGUCUUUCUUCCACCACUUCGUGUGCUGACUGAGGCGCGAGGCAACCGAGGCAGGUGUACGCGCUCAACUGGCCCCCUGGCGGUUAGACUAAAAACCGAAAAAUCCCCACAGAAGCACAUUCAAAUUGCAAUAACGCCUGUGUUCACUCAAAAUGGCUGCAGUAUUUAUCCUUUGGUGAAUGCUAUGCAAUGUGUCGAUCUACGACUACACCAAAAACAAAUCUUAAUCUGGAGAGGUGAAGGUCAUUUCCGCUGUGAAUAUCCAAAGACCUGGAUGAAUUAAAAUCUAUAUUCACUAAUUCUAAUGAGAUCAGAUCUGAAACAUUUAAUGGAUCAGUCAGACCCAUGAAUAUUUAAUUCAUUAUUUGAGUGACAAAACCACAUUUUCUUGCUCCUUUGGUGUUUUAUUAUUUCAAACUAAAUAUCUUAGACUUCUGGUCGGACAAAUUAAGACAUCUCAAUCUCUUUGAAACAUAAUUUUAUAGAUGAAACACAUUUAAAUCCAUUAACUCACAGAUAAAUAAAUUUUAAAAUUACUUUAAGUUGCAGCUUUUACUGAAACAGUUAUUUUAACAUUUUAUUUAACUUUUCAGGAUUUUCAAAGAAAAAUAAGGUUACGAUGGGACAAAUUAAAGCUUCUAGAUAGAAACAAAUGUUUUAAUUACAGUAUGUUCAAGGUUCAUUGUGCUAAAAAUACAUUAGCUAUACGGCUCAGUAUAAUGGAAAAGUACAUGAGAAACAUUAAACAGUGGAAACAACUCAUAACAACAAUAGCAUCAGAAAUAAGCACCAAAAAUAUUCUGAACAUGUUAAAUGUCCAGUUUUCACAUUAAGAUGUUAUUCUGCAUUGUUUUUGUUUCAAUGUAGUCUGUGGACAACUUGUAGUUCAUCCUAAGCAUUUCAAUAAGACCCCGAAAUGAUUGUGCUGCAACAGCACAUACAGUAAAUAAAAAAAAUUAAAAAUCUAAAAGGUCGAAUGGGCCUCCAGUCAAAUUUGUUUAGGGAUGCAAUGACCUGAACACAUUUCCUGAAUGAAGAGAAGAAAUACAAUCCUAAACCACGUAAAACCAUUCAAAUUAAGAAGAGUAAAAAAAAAAAAAAGGGAAUACAAUUUUAAAAAGACAACAAAUUUAGAUUGAGACACUUUCACCUCUGUUCAAACACUCAGAGACGAGGGAUUUACAGGAUCUCCAGCGAUGGACAUCCAACUUCUCGCAUCAAGCUAAUCUCUGUUCGGAGCUUUUCGUUUUCCUUUAAAACAAAAUUGAUUGUUGUGAUGAACGGUUACAAAAUGACCACAGAGAAAACAUCCUUCAACGAGAGAAAAGUUAGUUACCCCUUGAAGUUUUGUGUUGUCCAAUUUUAGCUUCACCAGAUAUUCAAUCCUCUGUUUGUGGUUCUUAUGUCCAACAAGUUUUCCAUUCUCCUCCGACAGCUUCACGUUCUGCUUACGGAGAACCUCAUUCUCCUGUAAAAAAAAAACAUAUGAUCAGUAAAGUCAGAUAACGUUGUCUGUUUGUUUGGCUGUUGUUAGGGAACCUUAGUGUAAACAAGCCCAGUCAUUUUUAUUGUGAAUGUCACACUGCUCAAAUUAAAAGUGUGAAAUAAAUCAAUUCUCCUGGUGUUACUUUGAUUUUAUCCAAAUCAAUAUAAAUAUUUUAUAAAUAUAGAGUUUCCUCUCUGUAUGCCAUAUGUUGUCAAGUCUUAACUGAAAUAUGA